AUGGGCAGCGGGAAGAGGGAGAACAGCCAAGGCGUCUCGAACAGGAAACAUGUGCACACGGUAGCGGGCACAUGGCACAGGCGCCCGAAUCUCAGCCAGCGCAUCCGCUCAUCAUCUGCCUUCUCACACGUCGCAUUCUCAGAACGCGAGCGCAUGUCUGAGAACACCCAACAACCGGCAGCCGCUCCAUCUCAGCAGCGACAACGUCCCCAGGCACGCCCGGUACGGCCAAAGCGCAACGUCGAUAACAACGCGGAUAAGGACACAAUGAGCCCGACGGAUGCUCCUCAACCGGGGCAAGAAGACUCCGAACGUGCGGACAGAUCGAACCGGCAAGAAGGAGACUCAACUGGUGGCGCACCGGCGGGCCAGGACAACGGCGCAGGAACUGCGAGCAUCACGGACCAGCGCGCAAAGGCCCCGCGCCAGCAAGCGAUUGGAAGGGGGGCAAAGGCCUCUGCGAUGAGGGCAACCGCGCCCUCGACGGCCGGUCCCAAGGCAGGCGCGUCAAAGGCAGGCGCGUCAAAGGCAGCCGCGCGAAUGACAGCCGUCAGCGACCCCCCCGCCGAUGUCAUCCUUUCGCGUGACGAGGUCCUUUCCAGUGGCGAGGACGGAUCGGGCGAGGACGAGGACGAGGACGAGGAAGAGGACGAGGACGAGGUCGACGAGCCGAAGAAGUCCGCGAAGGCGAAGGGGAAACGCAAAGCGGCUGCACCGCGCAAGACUCCUACUGAUGGCGCGGCACCCAAGAAGAAACGCGCGUCUCGCAAGAAGGCGGCCGACGGAGAGGAAGCGAAGCCCGCGGUUUCUCGACCUAUCAAGCCCGGCGACACGAAGGUCACCUUGAAGGCCACCGAGUCUGGCGAGGCGGAGAGAGCGAAGCUGAACGAGCUGUGCGCGAAGGAGGCCCGAGAGGCCUUCCUCGGGUAUGCCUACGGUUCUCUGGACUCCCGCCAGGCGUUCAAGCUCAGCUUUGGCGAAACGAACAAGCGCGACAUCGACGGGUCGAAGCUGAAGAUCCUCAAGAAGUCGUUCGUCGAACACGGCAUCUCGCCGUGGAAGGGGCCCAUCCCCGUCCUGGUCAAUCUUGAUUGGAUCAACCUCAACACGCUCACCAAGGAGGUCAUCAACAGCAGCGACGGUCCCGUCGUCCAAUGGACCGACAAGGUCAACGACCUAUGGGUCACCUUCCUCGGCGGGCAACAUCGCCAACGAGCGCUGCAGGAUCGUGAGAUCGCGCUGAAGCACGACGCGUACGCCAUGAACGACAAGAUCGAGAAGUUGUUCAAGGCGAAGCGCAACGAAGCGGACAAAGAGGCGGCCAUGGCGUACCUGACAAACCUCCGGACGAAUAUUCUGGCUCUCCAGGACGACCCGCUCAGAUGGGUGUUCGAGUUUUACGACCUCGCGAAGCUCGAGAACAACCAGCGCGUCCGUGUCUACCUCUCCGCCAACGAGAGCAUGAAGUCGUACCCGUCGACGGCGGAGGAGACCAUGCAGAGGCACCACUUCCACAUCUGCCAGGCCCUGCGCGUGUACGAGCAGGGAAGCCACACGCCCAUGGCGAUCGGCAGCACCCAGUACAAGAACGACGUCCUAACACCGAUCCUGGGCGACAACGCGGUCAAGCGCGGCGACGUGAAGCUCUACGCCGAGCCGUACACGUUCAACUUUCUCUCCAACAUCCUGCGUAUGAGCUAUGUCUGCGACGGCAAGACCGUCAAGUUCCUGACGCUCCGCGAACGGCUCACCCUGUCGCAGGUGAGGCAGACGUCCAGCAUUACCACGGUGCGGAUGCACAACACCGUCGGAGCAAUGUGGGCUGGCGUGUUUGCACACCUGGUCGACCAGAUGUACUUCGUGUCUCUGAGCGGCGCUUGGCCCCUCCUCGAAGGCAAGGGUUCGACGUACUCAAAGGACGAGCCCCACGGCAGAGAGUUCCUCGUCGUGCAGGCGUACUGUAGAAGCAUACGCAAGCCGGAGAGCAUGCCCCCCGCGAAGAUCGAGGAGGCUAAGAACUUGUUUGGCAAGAUCGAGACUGCGUUCUUGAAGAACUCCGUCUCUGAGGAGCGCGAGAUCUGGCACCCGACGUUGAUGAAGCGCAUCGACGACUUGUACGUCAAACACGUCCGUCCCGUGAAGGAUUUCUUUGGAUGUCGCGGUUCGGACGAGUGGGUCGACGCGAUGGCAACGUACUGGGAGGAGAUGACCAAGGUGUGCAGGCGGUGGUGGAAGGAGGACCCACACAUCCCGCCCAAGGACACUACCCGCCAGGCCCAGCAGUAUGCGCUCGGAAGACUCCAGUGGAUCGAAUUCCGCCGCGAGUUCAAAGAAUGCAUGGACCUCCCCUGGCCCACGAUAUCGAUGCUCGAGGACAUGUACAACGUCCUCUACGGAGUGUCGUUGGCAAUCCAAUGGCUCAGCAGACAGCUCGACCCCAUGGUCGACAGGGGUAUCCAAUGCGGUACAUGUACCGGGUUCGUCGACAUCUGGGACCACACCUCGCACAUGCGCGAGUACGUGACCGAUUCCGAGAUGAUCAGGAACACUUCUGGCCUUCCUACAUCGUUGUGGCUGUGGAUAUUUGACCAUAUCCCCCAGCUGACUGUCGCCGACACUGAACUCAAGGAGGUUGUCACCGUCGAGGAAACUCGGUUCUAUAACCUGUCCCUCAACUCCAUGAACAACGCGUACCAGACGGCCCAGGAAGGCGGACAGAAAUGGGAACGCUUCCUGAGUCCUUGGGCCGCUGUGUUGGGCGAGGGAGGGUGGCUGCAGGAGCACAAGGACGAGAUCUCUGCCGUGGUCGCCAUCUUGACUGCGCAUACUCCCCGCGUGGACAGGGUGGAGACCUUGGUGGGCAGUCGUGCGGUCCGCAUCCCCCGGGUGGUCACUGCCCCGCUCAGUCGUGCCGCACUGGACAGGCACGAGUGCAUGUACUUCCUCACCGUCAACGUUCUGGAAUGGCGAGCCCUGGACCUGCGGAACCGCGAGAAGAACCUGCAAGGUCUUGCGUUCCACAUCUUCAUCGCUCACAAGUUGUACGAGAAGACUAUGAAGCACAUGCUCGCCACCGACGUCGGCCAGUCACUUCGCGAGAAGUUCAUGACGUUCCUAGACAUGCAUUGGAAUCGGUCCGCGCAGCCACCGUCCAAGGUCGACGCGCCCGUCACGGAGCCGGCCGCCGCUGGUCCUUCAGAUGUCGGCGUCGUGCCUGAAAAGGCUCCCCCACUUCCGUUGAUUUCGUCAGCUCCCCGUCGUCGUUGGGACCAGGUUAUCAUCGACCGUCUGUUGGACAACGGCCCUCGUGCUGUGAGGACCGCGGCAGAGAGGCUUGCGCUGCGGGAGCUCGUCGCUCGGCGUAAUCGCUGGGAGCAGUACACCGCCAGCCUCCGGACGAUCAUCAAUACUGUCGUCAAGUCUCCCCUCGCGCACUACUUGCCUACGCAAAAGGACACCGUCGAGGGCGGUGUGGGUGAAGUCCUCGAGGAACUCGCCACUAAACUCAUCCACAACGCGAACCGUGCGGAGUUCCGUCGGGUUCACCCGACCGGGCCAUAUGUGCAGCCGAAGAAGACGCUGAAACUCAUCUCGUAUCCCGCCAUUCCCUCCACCCAUGACGUUCACUUCCAUGCAUCCUUGCGCGAGUUCCGCGAGCACGAUAUCGACGCCUACGAGGAGUUCAUCGUCCAGCGCGAACUCCUCCACGCCUCACUCAAGAAGCUCCAUGAGGACGACCCCACGCAGCCGUUGCCGGACAUUCAGGACCUACUCCCACAAGAUAUCGCGCUCGCACCUCCGGAGCUGAUCAACCCUCCCAAGGCUGAACCCGAUGGAGACGUCUCAAUGGACGAGGUUGAUCCCGACAGUGCUUUCGACAACUUCCUCGACGACGACUUCGUCGGCAAGCUCACCUCCGGGCAUGAGGCUGCGGGAGACGACAUGGACAUGGACGACUCCGAGUACGAGGACACCGACAAGAAUGCGUCCGUGGACCCCGCUGCGCGUCCCCGCACCCGCUUGCAAGAGCAGCAGCAGCAGCAGGAGGAGGUCGAGAACAGCAGCGACAUGGAGGUCGAGCCCCACGAGCACAUCCCGCCCCCGCCCAACAACGAUGGUGCGCCCCCGCCUAACGAGGACACUCCGCCCGAACCGCAGGACGAUGUGCCCCCGCCCAACCAGGACGAUGUGCCCCCGCCCAACCAGGACGAUGUGCCCCCGCCCAACCAGGACGAUGCGCCCCCGCCCAACCAGGACGAUGCGCCCCCGCCUAACGAGGACACCCCGCCCGAGCCACAGGACGAUGCGCCGCCCCUGCCCGACCAGGACGCCCCGCCGGAGGCCCAGAACGACCCGCCGCCCGAGGCCAGCGCAGACGGCGAGCGCGAACCGGGCGGCGACGAAUCCAACCCGGUGCCGGAACAUUUGCGAGACAUCCACUCUGCACUGGCCCCCAAUUAUCCCGAUGAACCCAUCCCGCGUACAACGCUGGUUCGCCUCACCGCCGCCGCCGCCGAAUUUCAACUGUCCGACAUGCCCAAACUCGACGACAUUGAUGUAGAGCAUCUCCCCAAGCGUUACAUCGAAGACUUGUGGGAGUCCCUCGACGAGGCCGACGACAUCGACCUGAUUUACAACAUCUCGGACCCGGUCGUCGAGAGUUUGCUUCCGAAGGCGUGGGCUCUCGCCUUGAUGACUUACCGCUGCCAGAACGAAGACGAGUCGCUCGUUGUCAAGACCCUGCCCCCCAUCGGUCUUCCCUCUGACUUCCAUGACAUGUACUACGACAGGCUAGAGCAGGCGUUUGAACGGAUGGCACCCUCCAACACUGCACAUGAGCUCAGAAUCGCCGCGACUAUCUUGUACACGAUAUUCGUUAGGGAGGUCCCUUCGUCGCGCUCUGCUGGCCCCUCGCAGGAUUCCUUCUUCUCCUCAAACAGCCCCAUCGACUCCGCGAUGGACACGGACAGCUCGGAUGACUCCGGCAUGGACUCCGACAGCCCAGCGCCGAAGCGCAACAAACGCAACAAGGGGGGCGACGAGGGGGGCGACGAGGGGGGCGACGAGGGGGGCGACGAGGGGGGCGACGAGGGGGGCGACGAGGAGGGCGACGAGGGGGGUGACGAGGGGGGCGACGAGGAGGGCGACGAGGGGGGUGACGAGUCGAACGACCCCGCCCCGGAGCGCGACGUCCGCGGGAAGCGGCCCGCUAACCUGAGGUCCUAUGGCAAGUCGACCGCCUCGUCAGCGCGGGGCGAUGGGCGUUCCCACACCGCCUAUCUCACGUCGGGCGCGGUCGGCUUCCUGGAGAAGUUCCCCAACAUCGACGACGACACUCCCCUCAUCGACCACGGUCUCGACGUCUCGAUCGCCUGGAAAGCGGCCGACGUUCAAGGUGACGAGCUCUUGGACAGGCUCAGCGAGACGUCCACGGCUCCCCUCAAGGCCGUCCACUACGCGCUCGCGCUGGCCUCCUACCCAGCGGUCGGCAAUAUGCGCACGCAAGUCGUCGAACUCCCACCUGUUGGAUUGCGCCCCUCCCUCCAUGACUCGUACAGGGCUGAGCUUGUGCGUCGCAUGGAUGCCGCGAAGAUUGGUGAGGCCCCGUACUCGGACGACGAACGGGGACCGCAGGUCAUCGCGGCGGAGCUUCUACGGGCAGCGAUCCAGGACCCGCUCACUUUGACGAAGUACUUCGUCGAAGCCACGCAGGAUGACGCUGGCGCUGAGGAGCAACAUGGGACGGCCCCCCCUCAGGGAACGCAAGUCGGCGCCUCGGAGGUGCCUUCCUCCUCGAUGCAGGAGCCGCCGUCUACGCCGACGCCCGCUCCCCGCACCUCGAAACGCCUCCAGGCUGGCGCGGCCAAGCGCACCAUGGUCGAGUCACCGGAGGAUUCGCCGGUCAACAAGAAACCUCGCAAGUUCACGGCGACCAACGCGGCGAGCACCAGCGCGCGGCGUGGUAGGGCUGCUUCGGAUGCGACCAGCUCGCGCCCGCCGCCCUCGCGCUCGAGGGCAAAGGGGAACAAGGCAACGCGAGCGGCGCCGCUCGAGCGCGUCUCCGAACCCGCUGCGGAGGAGGACGAGGAUCCAGAGAUCAUGCGCGAGUUUGCGUCCUGA